AUACUGCGCAUGCGUAUAAUCGCCAAGUCCUUGGACGCUGUGAUCGCUGUAGGUGAAGCGGUCUUGGAAGGGACGUACUGUCAAAAUGCAGACCUGGAACCAUCUAUAUCGCACACUUGCCACGCGAGGUCAGCACCUUCCCUGCAAGUUGCAUGGAGCCACAGUCCUGUCUGCAAGAACGUAUGCUGAUAAAGCAGCAAUUGAUGCUGAUGUCACAGUCGUGGGCUCUGGACCCGGAGGUUACGUCGCAGCCAUCAAAGCAGCUCAGCUUGGCUUUAAGACAGUAUGCGUGGAGAAGAAUGCGACUCUUGGAGGAACGUGUCUAAAUGUAGGCUGCAUCCCGUCAAAGGCUCUGCUAAACAACUCUUAUCUAUAUCACUUGGCACAUGGAAAAGAUUUUGAAAGCAGAGGCAUUGAUGUUCAGGGGAUCUCAUUGAACCUGGAGAAGAUGAUGGCACAGAAGAGUGGAGCUGUUACCGCCCUAACUGGAGGAAUUGCACACUUAUUCAAACAGAACAAAGUCACUCACGUCAAUGGGUUUGGAACGAUAACCGGUAAGAAUCAGGUGACGGCGAAGAUGGCUGAUGGAGAUCAGGUUAUAAACACGAAGAACAUCCUGAUCGCUACUGGAUCAGAAGUCACGCCUUUCCCUGGGAUCCAGAUUGAUGAAGAUACUGUGGUGUCAUCCACUGGAGCUUUAUCUCUGAAGAAGGUUCCAGAGGAGCUCAUUGUGAUUGGAGCUGGAGUCAUCGGUGUGGAGUUGGGAUCUGUGUGGCAAAGAUUGGGUGCCAAAGUUACAGCUGUGGAGUUUCUCGGCCACGUCGGUGGAAUGGGCAUCGACAUGGAGAUCUCCAAGAACUUCCAGCGAAUUCUCCAGAAGCAGGGCUUGAAGUUUAAACUCGGCACCAAGGUCCUGGGCGCCACCAAGAAACCCGAUGGCAAGAUCGAUGUGGCCGUGGAGGCAGCUGCCGGUGGCAAGAACGAGACGCUCACCUGUGACGUUCUGCUGGUGUGCAUCGGCCGCCGUCCCUACACCGGCGACCUCGGCCUUGAAUCUGUUGGUAUUGAACUGGAUAACCGGGGAAGGAUCCCUGUUAACGGUCGCUUUCAGACCAAAGUGCCCAGUAUCUAUGCCAUUGGAGAUGUGAUAGCUGGACCCAUGUUGGCACACAAAGCUGAAGAUGAGGGUAUUAUUUGCGUUGAGGGAAUGGCAGGGGGAGCCGUCCACAUCGAUUACAACUGCGUGCCCUCCGUCAUUUACACGCACCCUGAAGUCGCCUGGGUCGGCAAGACAGAAGAACAACUCAAAGAGGAGGGCGUUCCAUAUAAAGUGGGUAAAUUUCCCUUUGCUGCUAAUAGCAGAGCAAAGACAAACGCUGAUACAGAUGGACUAGUAAAAAUCCUUGGCCACAAGGAGACAGACAGGAUGCUGGGAGCACACAUUUUGGGAUCGGGGGCAGGAGAGAUGGUUAAUGAAGCUGCAUUAGCUAUGGAAUAUGGGGCUUCAUGUGAAGAUAUUGCCAGAGUUUGCCACGCCCACCCUACGGUGUCGGAGGCCUUCAGAGAAGCCAACCUUGCUGCUUCAUUUGGAAAAGCUAUCAACUUUUAGAUUUUCUGCACAAACAUCUGUAUAUAAAUGUGGAUCUAUAAAUGCGUCUAAAAAAUAUAAAUCUUCUCAAAUCUCUCCCCGGACAUUCAGGAGUUUCUUAGUUUUUGGGCUGUCAGGUGUAAUCUUCUCGCAUACAUUCAGAAUAACCCUCUCAUGAAUUUAGUAUGUUAUUUAAAUGUCCUAAUAAAGGAAGCUGGGUCUUAUGUUGAACUGACGUGUGUGUCUGAGAAAAAUGUAUUUUGGAUUUUUUUAAAUCGGUUUUGUUCACCGUUGAAUUAAAUAUAACCGGUUUCAUGCUGA